AUGGCUUUAACCAUUGGGAUCACCGACACCAAUAACCAAGAUUUAUGCCUUAUUGAUAGUGCAUCAACGCACACGAUCCUGAAAGAUAAAAAGUAUUUCUCAUAUUUGGAAAUGAGAAAAGCCAGUGUUAGUACUAUUUCAGGAAAAACAAACAUCAUUGAAGGCUCCGGAAGAGCUAAUUUAUUAUUGGCAGGAGGAACAAGAUUGUGCAUCACUGAUGCCUUGUAUUCAAGCAAGUCUUGA